CACAUGUCCGCUUGCCCAUUUCCCUCAACUCGUACCAUUUUCCCUUGGCCGCGCCCUCUACUGUACAUGUUUGCUCUACUGUCUUUGUAUUCUUCAUUGUUCACUGGGCAAUAUCUCAUACUCAAGACCCUGUAACAUGAUGCCUUGAGUACAUCAGAACUUGGAAGAUAUCAUUCAAGUGCUUGUCAUCCUUACCGACUACCCGUAUUUCAGCGAGACAAAGACAAGGCAUCCCGGUCCUCAAUCUCCUGCACCUUUGAUCCGCUUCCUCUUUUUCCCAUAACACCACAUCCCACCAGCACGCACUCCCCACGUCCCACGCAAACACUGGCUUCCCAAUCCUGCAGAGGUUUGCGACACGAGACAAACAACCGCCUCCUUCCGUACCUCACUCCCAGCUCAUCAUGACCGCCAACUACUCAACCCAGACCUAUACUAUCCCCGAGAACAACCACUUCAUUGUCAGUCGCCAACACUCUCCUGCCAGCUCCAUCUCUCCUCAGUCGCCUCGAAUGCAGGACUACCUUCAACAACAUGCCCCGAAUCCAUACAAGCAGCUACGGCCGCUCAAGUCGCCUCUUUACGUUCCCGCUGCCCUCCGUCCAACCGAGCACUUCUACACCCCUUCUCCUAUGACACCGCCAAAAAGCUUGCACGGUUCUUUGGAUAAUCUAGAGAAUGCCGAGCCUCAAGUUGCCAGCCCUGAGCACCAGUAUCCUUUGGACCUGGAAUCCUAUGAUCCGGAUUGGGUGCAGGAGGAAGAGCUCGGUGAAGUGACCGGUCCUCCGACCAAGGAACAUUGGAAGCCCGACGAAGCUUCUCCGACCUGCGACUCGCCAGAAUGCAGGUCGACAUUCAACCUAUUCGUUCGCAAACACCACUGCCGGCACUGUGGCCACAUCUUUUGCUCCUCACAUACGCCUUUCACGAUCCCUCUCGACCAAUAUGCCAAGUUUCACCCAGACGGCGUCGCUUCGCGAGCAUGCGAAACCUGUCAUCGCCAGUUUCAGCGCUGGGACACUGCGCGCUCCAUCCGCCGCAAGAACAGCCAGAACAGCAAGGAUGAGGACUUCAACAACGAGAGCGUGCCGUCUACGCCACUAGCAGGACCAGCAGGGCAUCGUCGCAUUCAGUCGGCCGGGCUGCGGGGAGCCAAACCUGUCACCGAGGUCGCGAACAGCGUUCCCAAAGACUGGCACUGGUCGACCUUCUGAGGUACCCGAACAUGGUCACGUGACCACACGCCAACAUCUGGACCAGAGGGUAAUUACGGAGUAAUCCACCAUUUCAGCUUGUCACUUGUGGCCACCGGUCUUUGCCGACAUAAUCUGCGGGCCCUUUCCCCAGAUGGGAAACACAGCCACCGGUCUCGACAUCACAGUCAAACGAACGUUUAAAGGAGCCUGGUUCCUUGGAAGGGAAAUUGGCCCCUCCAUCGGAAAAUGACGCAUACUGCUUCCAAUUGCCGUGUAUGAUCCGGAAAUACUUCUACCUAAAUUGAAGCCUCUUCCCUGAAUGGUCAACGGUUAUAUGCGGGUGUAACUCGCCUGGCUCACUAAGAAUGGCCUGAUCUCACUGGUACAUCCGAUUGCCAAGCAAGAGAUGUCUGUCAUCGAUAAGACGAACUUGAAUGAAAGAUGAGAACGAAUGAAUAGUGAUGAGACCAUGUUCAAUUCUAGGACUCGGAUGAGUCGGGAUAAAGAGGUCAUCAUAUGAUCCAGUCCGAACCUGGAACUGGCCCAGACUCACUUCUAUGUUUGGAAUGUUCUCUGAGGCCUCCUAGUAUGCUUUACGCUUGCAGAGCUACUGGACACUACCAGGUAGACGUUGGCGCUCAGUACAACCAAUCACUCGAAUGGUCCGUACCGCGAACAGCAUCCGUAUGGGUUACACGACAGUGGUCCUAAAGGUCGGUUGGGUGUGACGAACCAUCACCAGUCGCCUCAAUGCGACAAUUCCAAAGGACCUUCGGUUUCUGUACGAGGACGAUGACAAGCAUCAUAGUCAGCGAGAAAAUAUUCCGGGUGAUGAGUCUGGUUACUUGUGAUGAGACGGAUGAUCCGACGAGUUCAAAUGUCACCUUUGAGCCUCCCCCGACCUUGCACCCCAGGGAAUGCAAUGCACCUACGUGCUUCCCCGCUUGUAUCCUCACUACGACGCUGGUCUCGGGAUGAUCUGGAUGCACAUGUGCUACACAUUGCUAUUGUGACAUGCGUUUACUUGCCAUGUUGCACAUACUAGGGUGAAAGGUGAGACGAGCAUGUGAAAGGUACGGAGAUUUUCUUGUCAAUGAGACUUGAUUAUAUUGUGAUACUCUUCGAUUGGGCGGACAUGUUCUUUCGUUUAGACAUGCUUUUUGAUGUGAUUGUCAUUGUGACAUUGUAUGUGUUUUUAUUGCAUGGCGUUGGAGGCUGUUUAUCGUUCAACGGGCUUUAUUGGGUCGGAAACCUUGUGUAUCAAGCCAAGGAUCGAAGAUUUGUUUUUGGUCUGCUGAAAUACUACCAUGGCUCUGUUUUCCUCGUACUGGAGACGGCGAUGGAUAGACUAGAACUAGAUUAGAUGGUGUCAUGUACUAUUGCGGUCGGCUGGGACAUCAGAUAGAUCUGGGAGGGAGUAUCUGAUAGCGCUUUUUUUGGAUCUUGUUUGCUUUUGCUUCUUUGAGCGAGUAGAUCAAUGAAUUCGUUUU